CACCCACACAGAUUAGGGCAAACCUCUCUUCCUCAUUCUCCAAAUUCACCCAUACGAAUUAGGGCAAACCACUCUUCCUCAUCGGCCAUGGCGCGAUCUCGUCUCUCUCGUCCUUACCAGGGUGGAUCGUCUUCUGAACAAGUUUCAAACCAAAAAGGUGAAUUCAUCAUGACUGAAAGCACUGGAAGUAUAGAAAUCAACAAAGAUGAAAUUUUGCCACUUUCUGAUAAACCAUAUGUUGGUAUGGUUCUUACUAAGAGCAGUGUCAAGCCCAUCUACAGUUUGUACUUACCCAAGAAAAUGAACAAAGAGCUUCCUUUUGCUGGAGCCCCUGCAGUCCUUACUUAUGGUGGAAAGAAGUGGAACUUGUUUUAUGGUGGAGCCAAAACUAAAUACAAAUUUAGUAGUGGAUGGAAAAUUUUUGCGGAUGAUAACAAUCUAAAAGAGGGGGAUGGACUAGUGUUUGAACUCUCAGAGUGCAACCCUGACAAAAUCGAAUUCAAAAUACAGAUUCUAAGAGAAGAUUUUCCAGCUGAAUUGGUUCCUGAAGAUGUGGAGGGUAUAAACACUGACAACCCAAUAAUAAUUGAUUGAAAACUUUAUCAUCCCUAGUAGAAAUUUCAAUUUCAUGGAAAAAAAAAUUUAUCAAUUCCAUUUGUUUCAAUUUCAA